AUGAGGCAAGUAAGUGAUGACUCUCUGAGGAUUUGGUUAACAAAGCUUCAAGAUGUAGCUUAUGAAGCUGAUAAUUUGCUAGAUGAGAUUGACUAUGAGAUUCUUCAGCAAAGGGUGUCGACUCAAAACCAAACGAUGGAUCAGGUAUGCAGCUUUUCAUCCUGCAAUCUUAAUAGAGUUAAGACCAUCAACCAGUCGUUGGCUAAAAUUGUGAAUACUGUAGCUCACUUUAAUCUUAGAAUGGAGUUUGCUACUUCAAACCCCAAGAUUAUCCUGGACAAGAAUAUGGACUCCUUAGUCAACGAUUCAGAAGUUGUAGGAAGAGGAUAUGAUGUAUAUAUAGUAAACAAACUUACUAGUUCAAGCAAUCAACAUGGUAUAUCCAUUCUUCAUAUUGUGGGUGUGGCAGGUCUUGGAAAGUCAACUUUAGCAAAAGAAGUGUAUAACCAUGAACAAGCAAAGAAGCAUUCUAAUGUACUAGUAUGGGUAAAUGUCAGUAAAAAUCUUGAUGUUAAAGGGAUUCUAAGAGAGAUUUUAAAAUCUCUUAACAAAGACUUGAUAGAUUUAGAAGAUAUUGCAAUACUAAAAGAACUUUGGGAAAGAAUGCAUGGGAAGAAGUAUCUUCUUGUACUUGAUGAUGUGCGGAAUGAAGAUCAUGAGGAAUGGAAUACUUUACGGCGAUACUUGUUAAGAAUUAAUUCAAGUACCAGUAAUAAUAUUAUUGUAACAACACGUAGUAACAGUGUUGCUCAAAUUAUGGGGACAGUUUCCCCAUAUUGCUUGGAUGAAUUAUCAAAUGAUGAAUGUUGGUCUAUAUUGGUGAAAAGAGCAUUUGCAAAUGAACUAACUUUAGAUUUGCAAGCUAUUGGAAUAGAGAUUGUUAAAAAUUGCAGAAGGGUUCCAUGGGCUGCAAGAGUUUUAGGGGGAACUAUGUACCUUAAAAAUGAUAAAAGUGAAUGGUUAUCAAUUCAAGAUAAUUUUAUUUGGGAUUUAUUGGAUGAUGAUAAUAAUGGAAUCUUUCAUGUAUUGAAGUUAAGUUUUGAUCAUCUUCCAAUACCAUCUUUAAAACAAUGUUUCGUAUAUUGUGCGAUUUUCCCUGAAGAUUAUGACAUGAAAAAGGACGAACUAAUUCAACAUUGGAUGGCUAAAGGGUUCCUUGAACCUCUUAUAGAAAGUAAUAUGGAGAUGGAAGAUGUUGCGUUGCCAGAUACAAUUGAGCAGUUAAUACAUUUGAGGCUUCUUCAUGUUUCACAAACUAAAAUUAGGGAAUUACCUAAAUCCACCACCAAGCUCUACCAUUUGCAGACUUUAAGAAUUGAAGAUUGCUGUCAUCUCACAAUGCUUCCAGAGGACCUAAGCAAUUUGAUUAAAUUGAGACAUAUUCAUAUUGAUGAUUUCAAGGAUCCUAGUUACAGAAAACAAACACCUAAAAAUAUGGGGCAAUUAAUUUGCCUUCAAACAUUGCCAUAUUUUACUGUGGAUCAAGAUGAAGGUCAUUGGAUAAAAGAACUGGGAUGCUUAAACCAACUUCGAGGAGAAUUAGAUAUCUACAAUCUAGAGUAUGUGAGAGAUAAAAAAGAAGCCAGAAGUGCAAGUUUAGCAAAGAAGACCAAAAUAUUCAAGUUGGGAUUUCAUUGGAGUUCAAAUUUUGGUAGAGUGAAGGACUUCUCUGAUAAUGAGGAAGAGGUGUUGGAAGGCCUCCAACCUCACCAAAAUUUGAAAAGCUUAACCGUUGAAAGGUUUAAAGGAUCUAGAUUCCCAUCAUGGUUGUUGACAGGUCAUGAUACUAGGGAUGAUUUGUUGCUGUUUGACAAUUUGAUCGAGCCAACUUUAAGUGAGUGUUAUAACUGUGAAGAAGCUCCUACUCUUGGCAUUUGCCCUGUCUAA